AUGUCGGCCAAUACCCGUCCACAACUCAAAUUCUUUCUCUACUCGGACCCAGAGGAGGCAAAGAAGCCAGACAACAAGAGACAAGUCCGUAUCCACGUUGCCCGCAAUUCUCACGCAAAGACCCGAAACGCCCGGACCAAGACGACCAAAACAUGCCAAGCACGAGGAGGAAAUGAUUGCCUGCAGUACCAGGCCAGUGGGAGCACGUCUGGUGGGCAGGUCGCUUGUCGAAAUUGGGCCCUGUUACCGCCCAUGUCCUCUGGGCUGGGGUCCUCACCGUACCCUCCAGGGGUGAUGUUCUUUGACACAACCCUUCCGACUCGUUCAUACCCAGAUUUGCUGGCGUGGGUGCCGUCUACAGGGCCGGCUCAAGGUCUCCUCCAGGAGCUGUCACUGGAGGAGAAGUUUCUAUUAGACCACUUUGUCACAGUCCAGGUUUCCCAAUGGCGAAGCAAAUACGAAGCUGUUCAUCCACCCUUCGAUCUCAUUGCCUUCCGCCACAACUUCGUCACAAAGUUGGUGAUGCUCUGCAUUACGGACUUUGGGCUCAUACAGGCUAUCCUGUUGCUUUCAAGCCAGGUCUUUGCAAACAUGCACUAUAGCUCCGGCAACGAGGGACAGGGCAAGAGAUUCGAGCAGAACUCGUUCCAAUAUCGAGGCCGGUUGCUCCGGAAUAUGGCCGAGAACAUGCCACAUGAUCCUAGAUAUAUCACCGAUUCGAUCAUCGCAAAGGGCCUGUUCCUUACCUUCAAUGAGACUCUAGGUCUCGAUGGCUUCUUGGCUCAACUUUACACAUGGUGCAGUGAGGAGAUAGACGCUGCGAGGGAGGACAUUUGUUUCACAACAGCUUGA